AUGACGUUCAAUAAGGAUUUGCUCGUACCAUGUUCCGUAGUGACUCCUACUAUGGAAGAGUUUUCAGAUCCCAUUAAGUACCUAUCUAGCGAAGAGGUUGCAAAAUUGGGAUCUGAAUAUGGGUUAAUUAAAGUGGUACCUCCUAAAGGUUGGCAGCCAACAUUUCUGAUUUCGCCAGAGUUUAAAUUUCACACCAGGUUACAGAAGUUAAGUGAUCUUGGAUUAACUACCAGAAGCAGAAAGUUUUUUAUUGAUAAUAUUAAUCGCUUUAUGAAAAUGAGUCGUAAACGACAACUUAAAUUGUAUUUUAGGGUAGGGCUUAAUGAUGAAAAAAAAUUUAGCCCAACGAGAACCAAAGUGUACUAUUAUGAUCUACAUGUAAUGGUUGAAAAGAUGGGAGGUUAUGAAAAUAUGAACGAAGAUAAAUGGGCACAAAUAAAUGAUCAUUUUGGGUUAAAAAAGGAAUCUACGCAUAUUGAAGACGAAUAUUCAAUCAACCUAAGAUCUUAUGCAAAUUUUCUUUCAAAUAACCAAAAAAACUAUGACUUUCCUGAGAGUGAUUCUGAUGAUGAUUACGAUAACUGCUUGAUUUGCGGGAAGCAUGAUGAUCCGUCGCAAACUUUGCUAUGCGAUAAUUGUGACAAUCCAUUUCAUUUGUCAUGUCUAGAGCCUUCUCUAGAAACUGUACCUGCUGGUAGCUGGUAUUGUGACAAAUGUCUUAUAGGAACAGGAGAGUAUGGUUUUGAAGAGCAGGUUGAUUUGAAGUAUUCGGUACCCGAAUUUCAUCAAUUAUGCAACGAAUUUGAAAAGAAAUUCGAACAUGAGUAUAAUAAUGACGAGCCAUUAUCAGUGGACAAGAUAGAACAAAAAUUCUGGGAGUUUAUUGAUGUGGAAAAGUCAGACUUAGAAGUGAGGUACGGUGCAGAUAUACAUAAUUUAAAACCAGGCGAGAUCAGUGGUUUUCCGAUGGCCAACACACCAGGAAUAUCGCCUGAAGAUCCAGAAACGAAGUAUUACAUAAACCAUCCUUGGAAUUUAACCAAGCUACCAUUUGCAGAAGGGUCAUUGUUGAACUACAUAAAUACAUCAAUAUCCGGAAUGACAGUCCCCUGGAUAUAUAUUGGAUCGUUACUUUCCACGUUCUGCUGGCAUGUUGAAGAUCAUUAUACGUUGUCUGCUAACUACUGUCACUUAGGAGCAACAAAAAAGUGGUAUGGAAUACCGUCUAAUAAUGCAGAUAAGUUCGAGAAGUUAAUGAAGGAUUCGGCUCCAGACUUGUUUCAAAAACAACCCGAUUUGUUGCAUCAGUUAGUGACGCUAUUAUCUCCAAUGACGUUAGUCAAAAACGGAAUCAAAUGUGUCUAUGCUGAUCAGCGCCCCAACGAAUUUGUUAUUACGUACCCCAGGGUUUACCAUGCCGGAUUCAAUUGCGGCUUCAACUUCAACGAAGCGGUGAAUUUCACGAUGAAUGCGUGGCUUGGAUUCGGAGAGAGGUCAAUUAGAGACUACAGGCUUAUCAAGAAGGAAAAUGUGUUUAAUCAUUAUCAAUUGGUGGAAAACAUAUUGAAGAAGAUCAACAACCAGGACCAUAUAAACUAUGCGAACCUCAGGUUGGCAGAAGCUAGCUUGAAAUGCUUGCAGGAAUUUGUUGACACCCAAUCGAAGUAUCUCAGCAUGAUUGAUAUCAGUAAGUUUGAAGUCAAAUUCGAACCCAAGUUGUUCAAUCAACGGAAGUUCGAGGAUGAGCAGAACGGUACAUUCGCGGCCACAUCGGAACAAGAAGACGAAGAGGACUUAUGCGACGUCUGCAGGACCCACAUAUCGUUCCAAUAUUGCAUCAUCAACAACAAGGGUCGUAACUUAUUCUCGACACAUGGGGUCACUGGCGAGUCGCUCGCUCCUCCCCAUGCCAUACCACCCGUCACCCUGUUUAAGCAAGAGCUGCUAGAUUUCCCCAAGAUCCCAAUCCACCAGCUUCUCACCCCUGAAUCAUCGCCCCAUGAGCUCCUGGUGCCCCAGGCCACCCCUAAAACCCUGCACCGCAUCUCCGAUUCGUCAUCCGCCACCAGACUCUCGGCCCUCAGCGAAUCAUCCAUCACCAGCACGCCGCAAAAGCUCAGCGAGGAACAGGAAUUCCAGAACCUUAUCCGAGCUGCAAAACGCUCAUCGUCGCCACACCCCACGCCUGGCAAAAUUGACAAGACAGCCCCCAAGAGACGCAAGUCGUCGCGUAUCGAGUCCCUCUCCAAGAAAGCCCAUCUCACCUCCUUCGCUGCCCGUACCUUGCGCGACCCCCGUCGGGGCAAAAUGUCCGCUGUCCAAAACAACUCCCGUUUCAAGCACCUCAACGACAAACCCCAGAUCCGGCUCUGUCUCGCGUGUCUCGUAUCUUCGUGCCCGAAGUCUAUCCCUUCAAUUCCUCCAGGCUCCAUAAUGUUGUAUGAGGUAGAUCCGUCCACCAUGCUGCAAUUCAUUUCCCAAACAUCUCGCAAAAUAGCCCUCCUCUCUACAAACGUAUAG